GUCAUGUGAUGCCAAGAUGGCGGCGCCGCGGUAGCCUGCUCCAGGUUGUGGCGUCCAAGGAGCCGCGACGGUUUCUGCCCUCGGGCCGUGGGGGCGGCAGCGCUUGACUGGCCCCUGCGGCGGCCCGUAGUCCCGCGUUAGGCACCGGUUCAGGGCUGGGCUGUUGCUGUCGCGGUGGGUUCGGGUGUGCGAGUGACCUCGCUGCAGGUGUCCUGCGCCGGACGCCCUCGCCAGAGGAGGAGGAGGAGGAGGAGGGUAACCCGCCUACCCGGUCUUCUGGACCUGCGGAGUUCAUGAGGCCCCUCGGGGCUCUGGAAGAGUUAGCUGUAUCUCUGACGGGAUUGUGGGAGUUCGAGCCUUCGAGUGUGCGAGAGACAGCCUAGUACCCCUGAGGGCGCAAAGAAGACCGCAAGGACUUUGCUUCCUCUUCCAGAGGCAUGGCUUCCCUGCAUUGAUUACCCCGCAUUCUUUCUCACUUCUUCUCAAUGUUCUCUCCAUACAUCUGGAAAUAUGAUCAGCGCCCCUGACGUGGUGGCCUUCACCAAAGAGGAGGAGUACGAGGAGGAGCCUUACAAUGAGCCCGCCUUGCCCGAGGAGUACUCGGUGCCACUCUUCCCCUUCGCCAGCCAAGGAGCCAACCCAUGGUCCAAACUGUCCGGGGCCAAGUUCUCUCGGGACUUCAUCCUUAUUUCCGAGUUCUCUGAGCAGGUGGGACCCCAACCCUUGCUGACCAUCCCCAAUGACACCAAAGUUUUUGGUACUUUUGAUCUCAAUUACUUCUCCUUGCGGAUCAUGUCUGUGGAUUACCAGGCCUCCUUUGUGGGCCAUCCCCCGGGUUCCGCCUACCCCAAGCUGAACUUUGUGGAGGACUCCAAGGUGGUGCUGGGAGACUCCAAGGAGGGAGCCUUUGCGUACGUGCACCACCUUACCCUGUACGACCUGGAGGCCCGGGGCUUUGUGAGGCCCUUUUGCAUGGCUUAUAUCUCAGCGGACCAGCACAAAAUCAUGCAGCAGUUUCAGGAGCUCUCAGCCGAGUUUUCCAAAGCUUCUGAGUGCUUGAAGACGGGCAACAGGAAGGCAUUUGCGGGAGAACUUGAAAAAAAGCUGAAAGACUUGGAUUACACCAGGACAGUGCUGCACACCGAAACGGAGAUCCAGAAGAAGGCCAAUGACAAGGGCUUUUACUCAUCUCAGGCAAUUGAGAAAGCCAACGAGCUGGCCAGUGUGGAGAAGUCCAUAAUUGAACAUCAAGAUCUCCUGAAGCAGAUCCGCUCAUACCCUCAUCGGAAGUCGAAGGGGUCUGCCUUGUGUUCUGCAGAGACACAGCACGCGCAGGAUCAGGCCGACCAGGUAGCCACUACCUCUAACCCUGAUGAGUCGGCUGACGCGGACCUUUACACCCGCAGACCUGCCUACACCCCCAAGCUCAUCAAAGCAAAGUCCACCAAGUGUUUUGACAAGAAGUUGAAGACCUUGGAAGAGCUCUGUGACACGGAGUAUUUCACCCAGACCCUGGCUCAGCUCAGCCACAUAGAGCACAUGUUCAGAGGAGACCUGUGCUACCUCCUGACCAGCCAGAUUGACAGAGCGCUUCUGAAACAACAGCACAUAACAAACUUCCUCUUUGAAGAUUUUGUGGAGGUGGACGACCGGAUGGUAGAGAAGCAAGAGAGCGCGCCCCCUAAGCCCAGUCCAGGCAGGCCGCCUUCCAGGUCUCUGGACGAGUGUCCGAUUCCUCAAGUGUUCGUCAGCGUUGGUUCUUACAAGUCCAGUGUGGAGUCUGUGCCGAUCAAGAUGGAGCAGGAGCUUGGAGAUGAGGAGUACAAGGAAGUGGAGGUGACAGAACUGAGCAGUUUUGACCCCCAGGAAAACUUGGACUGCCUGGAUAUGGAUAUGAAAGGGAGCAUCAGCAGUGGCGAAAGCAUCGAGGUUCUGGGCACGGAGAAGUCCACCUCUGUGCUGUCUAAGUCUGACAGCCAGGCCAGCCUCACGGUGCCAUUGAGCCCCCAGGUGGUCCGGAGCAAAGCAGUCAGCCACAGGACCAUCAGCGAGGACAGCAUCGAAGUCCUCAGCACCUGCCCCUCUGAGGCCCUCAUCCCUGAUGACUUUAAGGCCAGCUACCCAAGUGCCAUUAACGAAGAAGAGUCGUCGUACGCAGAUGACAGCGAGGGAGCCAUCCACUUCCAGGCAAGCAUCAGCCCGCCAGAGCUGGGUGAGGCAGAGGAGGGCAGCUUAGAAAACACCCUGUCCCAAACGGACUCCUCCUGCUGCAUUGGGAAGGAGAGUGACAGUCUGCGGGUGCCCCUCUCCACCCCAGCCCACACACACUCUGACCCGGACGGAGUAGUGAGCAGCCCCCCGCAGCGCUACAGGCAGAAAGACCAGGGGUUCCAUGUGGACUUUGCAGGGGAAAACGCCAGCCCUUCCCGAGACAACAGUUCUGAAGGCUUCCCUGCUUUUGAGCUGGACCCGAGCCGCCUGCUGGCUAGCCGGGAUGUCAGUAAGACCAGCCUGGACAACUACUCGGACACUACCAGUAAUAUGAGCAGUAUAGCCUCCACCAGCUCAGACAGGACUCCCUCCUCUGCUCAUCCCACCGGGCCCUCUUCUGAGAGGCAUAAAAAGAGGGCUGGCCAGAACGCCUUAAAAUUCAUCCGUCAGUACCCCUUUGCCCAUCCAGCCAUCUACUCCCUGCUCAGCGGGAGGACCCUUGUGGUCCUGGGGGAGGAUGAGGCCAUAGUGAGGAAGCUCGUGACGGCGCUGUCCAUCUUUGUCCCCAACCACAGCCGUCACGCCAAACCGGUGAAGCACUGGGUCUCCUCUCCUUUGCACAUCACAGAUUUUCAGAAGUGGAAGCUGAUCGGCCUGCAGAGAGUGACGUCCCCAGCCGGCGCCGGCACCCUCCACACCCUGAGCCGCUACAGCCGCUACACGAGCAUCCUGGACCUGGACAGCAAAACCCUGCGCUGCCCCCUCUACAGAGGCGCCCUGGUGCCCCGGCUGGCCGACCACCGCACUCACAUCAAGCGGGGCAGCACCUACUACCUGCACGUCCAGAGCGUGCUCACCCAGCUCUGCUCCAAGGCCUUCCUCUACACCUUCUGCCACCACCUGCACCUGCCUGCCCACGACAGGGAGACCGAGGAACUGCUGGCCAGCCGCCGGGCGAGCUUCCUGAAGCUGAACCUGGGCCUGGUGAACGAAGACAUGAAGGUGGUCCAGUACCUGGCUGAGCUGCUGAAGCUGCACUACGUGCAGGAGCCUCCCGGGACCGGCCACCCCACGCUCAGGUUCGACUACGUCCCCAGCUUUUUGUACAAAAUCUGAGGUCAGUCCCAGCCACUGUGACCAAGACCUGUGACUCAGGGUACAGGGAGGGGAGGGGUUGGCACGAGCAGGCGGCCCUCUGAGCCGUCUAGGCUGCUGGUGACCUGAGUGGGAAGGAAACCGAGGUGGCGGCGCUGGUUCCCCCGUGGCUUCAGGCGGUUUGGGAGUCGGGACUCCGGCAGAGGCGGGCGCCUGGCUCUCCGAAGGCGUCAGUAAGGACGGUACUAGGUCUCUCGGCCCCCCUGGCGAGGAGGGGGCCGCUUGGCUCCCUGAGGACUGGUAGCCAGGCCAGAAGAGAGCCAGCGCCCUUUUGACGGUGCGGGGGGUGGGGGUGGGGGGCGUGAGGGGUGGAAAGGUGAAGCCCACGCGGGAGGAGCAGGCUACGCAUUCAGCUCCCAGACACCUGGGUGGCAAAGUGAAGGGAAGCGCCCCGUUAACUGAAAUGGUUUGGUGGGAAACUGGACAACAGAACAUCCAUUGCCCCAUUCAGACCCCGGCUAGGGUCUUUUACUCGGCCCCCUAGAGCCCAUCAUCCCAGAGAAAGCCCCUGAAUGAGUGACAUGGAGGGGAGGCAGCCGUGCCUCAGUUGGGUGGCGACAGACGCGUGACCUGCGCCCCAAGGCUGCAGGCAGAGCGAGCAGCACCCUAUCUGGUCCUCGCUUCCCCACUAGGCACAGAAGUGCCUGGGGGAGUUGGGGGGGGGGCUCGUACCUUGUUCCCCCGGGUCAGCAGGAGGGACUAGCGUUAGUCGCUAGUCCAUGCUUGUGAGUGAGAACUGCUCUCGCAGCUGGAGAGCCCGGGGCCACGGUGCCAUCGCCCCCGUGCAAGUGACAAGAGCCGGCGGGCCUCUGGGGCCCAGCCCACCAGCCUUUCUGGGAGCGAGUCCACGCUGUCCUCUUGGGGAAGGUCUGCAGACAUGCUGGCACUCGGCCGAGGUCACACCCCAGUCCCCCACCCACAGCAAACCUUUGCAACCACUUCACUACCUCUUGCGGGUCUUGUGGGCACAGUGACGGCGCGGUUCCACCUGGCUGCUUGGUCCGGGCGGGCAGCCCAGCUGGUGAGAACCCACGGGCAGGGUCCCCCCAGGAAGGAGGAGAGCCUCCUUGUGUGGCUGGCUGUCUUCGUGGAUCUGUCCCCCGUGGGCCUGGAAUACCCACACCUCACUGCUGCUCACUCCUGCCCCCACGUGGGCCCUCCAGACACACGCACCUCACCACUGUUCACUCCGUCCCUCGCGGGUCCCCCAGGUGUGCUUACCUCACCACAGCUCGCUCCCGUCCCCAUGUGGGUCCCCCAAGUACAUGCUCCUCACUGCGGCUCACUCCCGCCCCCAUGCGGGCCUCCGUAAGUACCUUCACCUCUCGGCAGCUCACUCCAGUCCCGUGUGAGUCCUCCCUUCAGGGAAGGAGACAAUCCCCGACUCACCCACCAUGACCCCCUGAGGCUUCUUACUCAGUUGCUGUUGGUUUCUUGAUAGAGUUUCUUGCAACCUUGAAGUUUUUACACUUUUUUUUUUUGUAUGGCUGCUUUUUUUUCUUUCUCCAACUAGGAAGAACUCUUAGUAUUUCUGCUUUUUAAUUCGUUCCAAGAAAAUUGUGAUAAAACAGACCCGAACCAGCCACGGGCGGUUGCUCCUGAGCACGCAUGUGUGCACCUGCUGGUGCCGUGUUCCGGGUAGUUGGGGUCUUGCCGCUGAGACUGCUCUGUCAGCUUUGUGGCCUACCGUCGAGGUCACGUAGGGGAGGCGGGAACCCAAGGGGGGUUUGCGUCACAUCCCUCCCGUGGCCCCUUCCUCGCCCGGGUCCUCCACACAAGGAUGUGGCCCGUUGGCUCCUGGCCGCCGGCUUCCGGUCAGGGUCCACAUUCCUGGCAGAGGGUGUGUGAUUUCGCUCCCGAGGCUGGGACUGAGGACCUUUUAAGGUAGACGGUCUGUCUACAUCUCACGGGUGUUCUUUGUACCCGUGCCCGUUACUUUGUUCACGCACAGAAGAGUCGCCAGGAAUGUUUUGGCAGCUUUUAAAUGUCAAGCGUGUGUUUGCAUGUGGGGAAGGCUGCGUAGGAUGCCUGUUUCUCUCCAUGGGCUCCCCUCUUCGUUGCCGCCUCCCGUGUCCCUCGUGUUCAAGAUGCUGCUCUGUUUUCUAACUGGGUGGCUCACUGCUGUCUACUCAGGCCUCCAGGGACAUGACCUUACGACACUUUAUCUCCAAGGGAAAGAAGGGUCUGUGGGGUCCGUUUGACAAAGUUGAAAGCGAUCGUUGGCACCACCAUUGCUUUUCAUCCUGUUCCACAGCAUCACGGACUCUACAGUUAACAUUGCUGUCACCUGGGAAACUGAUCAAGGCAGGUCAGUCACAUCUGGCCUUCUAGAAGCUAAGGCCAGGCAACACGGUAGUCUGAAGUAGAAGUCACUUUGGAGGGUGCUUGCUUGGAAGCUCUGCCUCGAGGAUGGUUCCAGAGGCCCCAGGAUUCUGAGGCAAGAGACCAGUCGGGUGUGAACAGAACGAGUGUGCCCUGUCCUGGGGCCAGCCUCAGAAAGAGUGGGUGAGGAGCGUCUCCCUUGAGUCGUUCCUCCGUGAAAGAAAGCUGGCUUCCCUGACAAGUAGUUAGACUCCAGUUUUAAAUUUUGGUAAAAACCUAGCUUUUCAGUGUGGCAGUUGCCGAGGAUUGCUUGAUGCCAAGAAUGUUUCUUUCCAAAGGGAUUUUAAAGUGGCCGAGGGACUGAGCCAGUGUGGGCAGGCACUUGAGACUGUGGGACUGCCCUUCUCAGAUCCCCUCCACUUUGGAGAAGCGGAACCCACUAGAAGUCCCGCGUCUGCAAAUCUUAAGGCUGGGAGCUCUAUGCGACAGGGCUGUCUCUUGAAAAAUAUUAGUUUCAGGUUUGCCUCAGAUAAAACAUCUUGAAAACACUUUGCAGAGAACAGAGGCCAUCCGUGCCCCUUGACUUUGUCAGCCCUGACUCAUUUUGAAGGCCCAGGCACCAAAACUGAGUUUAUUUCAACUUCACUUCCAAUCCGUUACCGCUCCCCUGCCCCCAGCCACCCUUUCUCAAGCAGUCCAGGUUGAGAGCAGCCUGAUAAGGUUAGCAGUUACGCAGUCGUGGUUUCUAGAGGCCCACGUGUGGCCCUUGGGACGCUCCGGCCUGAGCUGUUGCCUCACACCUCACCAUUUCCCUAGGGACCUUGCUCCAUUCGGUGGAAUCUUGGGGUGUUAGAAAUUGUGACUUUUCCAUGAUUAACUUGCAAGGGCUGAAGUUUCACAGAUUGCGCUGGAAUUUGGAAAUGAACCGCGACAGCCCACCUGUCAUUUCCCAUCUAGCCUUUUGCUUCUCCGUUGCUAUAGUCAAGGUAUUGUAGGUUUCAACCUCAAAUGACAUAUCCCAGCUCAAAUCCUAGGAAGUCCAACAGUUUCUACCCCAAGUGCCAGGGCUGCUACAGUUCAAUGACAUGUUUCUGGAGGCUGGGAGCGGCACGCACGGUGACCGCCCACUUCCGCCAGCGCGAGACGCAUGUCCCGACCUCCCCGGACCUGCUGUUGCAAGGCAGGUCAGCUUCUCCUCUGCGGUAACACUCAGCCGGCAGGGAACCCGUCGGGGAGUGUGGACGAUCUUCCGAGGAGCUGAUCUCCCAAGCCAGCAAUCCGGUUUUACUUCCCAUCUCCCUAGAAAGCUCGGAAGAAAGUGCCUUGGUUUGUGCUUUAGAAGCAAACCAACUUGCUUUCUGGCUUUUCCCCAGUACUGUGACAGAAAGUGACAAAACUGGAAUCUUUAAAAGAGGUACAGUAUUAGCAGACUGCAAAAAGGAGAAAGCAUCAAAUUGCUACUUCUGGCCGGAAAUAAAACCAGUCUCAGCUGAUAGGGCCUGAGACACCAAGUUUCCCUGAGCUCCCAAAGGAGAAUGCUGUGAGCACUGACCUAAUCUAGCCUCCUCUGUUCAGGUUUGGUAUGACCAUAGCGGGGAGGAGGAGGGAUGGGGGGGGGGGGGGUGGAACGAGCACUUUGCAGUGAAUUAAGCCACUGUGUGGAGCCCACGCCUCCUGGGAGUCCUUAUCUAGCUCCAAAGUGGAGGCUACACAGGAGGGUCUUGGAGAUGCCCUGGCCGGGGGAGGAGCCAGGCCCCCGAACGGAAGACUGUCCCGGCAGCAUGAUGGCUCCCAAACUGAGGCAGAGAUAUGGGGACUGCUGUGUCACCCACACCCUGUGGAGUCUGCGGCCGUUGUCCCCGCCCGUGCUGGUAUAGACGCCAGUAACGUGCUGGACCCUCGACCCCAGGGGCGCCUUCCGGGCAGGACCCACCGACUGCCCCCACGCUGGCUGGCUACACAGGUUGGGUUAAUAUAAGCGCCACCUUUGAAGACUGCGGUGAAAAGCAUAGUCUGUGAUGAAUUCGUGUUUGUUAUUUUGGGAAAGCUAUUUUAUUACCGCAUGUCCCUCUGUCCACGCGUGUGAACGUGAGUCCUCUACCACCACGUGAGCUGUGGUCGUCACCACGCGAGUACUUCGAACACGCGUGUGACGCCGGCUCUUGGGUCUGGCCGCACCAGAGUUUAACCGGAGUAAAUGCCAAACAAAUAGUAUGAGAAGUGUACUUUUUAAGAAAUUAAUUUAUUUGAGUUCCGAUAUUUUUGAAAUAUAAAAAUUGGUUGUAUUUUUUAAAGCUCUUAUGAUUCUUGUAGACAUUCUGUGGUUACACAUUCGAUUGUGCUUAUUAAAAAUGGUCAUCUAUGUUUUGCACUUUGGCUCUGUGAAAAAUAAAGUUUCUCUGGGAAGGUGA